UGGACACGCAAAACCGGAGCUUCACCUGACUUCCUCGCUCAUGCACUUGGUAAUCUGAAGCGGGUCGUCGUUGUUCUCUGCAGCAGCUCCCGAUGGAAGCGACGUUUCUGUCUAGAGUCACGUCCAGAUCGCGCAGAUCUCACACACCUCACGCAGCUGGCACCCACGACUUCUCUGCCGUUCGAUGGGAAUCGACCAAGUCCGGCACAAGAAAGAUACAGUGCUAUUCAUACUUCCACCACAGGUCUCGACCGAGCCUAUUCGAUUACUAGAUGAGCUGCGUCCGAGGUACUAGUAACGUUAGUAGCUUGGUCUUUUCAUAGUUACCACUGUCCAGCAACAUCCAGCUGCGUCGCAAGGCUAUCAAAGCUAUCGCAAGGGCUGAUCGGUGCGCUGCAAUCGUGAAUGGAUUGAACUCGAUGGGCGCUGGACAGACAGAAGAAGUGGUCGGUGCUGCUCCGUUGACACAAAUGACCAUACUACCUCGCUCUUCAACGCCUCAUUCCAGUAGCGUUUCAGAUCUCAGGACGAGCACAGGACGCAGGAAGGCCGGUGUCGUCACGCUAAAUUGCUUUGCAACGUCCGGCACGACGGUCCUAUCCCCAUCCUCCAGUUGACGGCUUCGGACGACGCUCCUCGAAAGCUUCCGUCGACGACUUUGCCAUCGCAGCCGUGCCCAGAGAGCGAGAUAGCAGCACGCCGAGACUAAUUCUAACACAAGAGAAAGCCACGCCGAGCGAUGAUCACUUUUCUUGGUGAUCCACCCGCUUGCACCGAGUCACGUAAGUUUGACACACCUUGCGUCGCAACUUGUCUGCCAUCUGCCGCGGCUGUGUGAGGGAGGGCCGUGCUAUCGAGCAGCUGCAUUCGAGUUCUUUAAAAAUGCUCGAUUCGUCGGUCGCUACGAGAUUGUUGCGCUUGCCUGCCAAGCAUUGUGCAAGGCACGCGUUGCCUCGUUGCUUCCAAUACAGCACCUACGGCUUCGUGACGACAUUUACAAAGUUGGCACCAAGGCACCAAUGCCAUUGCUUUGUAUUGCUUUCAAGCAUUUGCGACACGCGGCUAUUUAUGGAAUGUCUAAUGUUUGGCCGGUGACGUCAAAAUACGAAUCGGUCGACCUCGGCGCCGCUGGGAUCGGUGUUACCCACCACGUUCAGAAUUGAAUUCGCCAUGACGACGACAGGCGAAGACGAAGCAGCCAAGGCGAAGCGCCUCGCGCGCUGCCGCGUCAACCAGAAGCGGUACCGCGUCAACAAGAAGCAGUCGCACGCCAAGCUCGAGAAGGAGGUGCCAGAGCUCGCCAAGAAGGUCGCCCGCCUCGAAGGCCAGCUCGACGUGCUCCGCGCCGCCGUGCGUCUGAGCCAGCCCGAGGUGCACGUCGCGGCCGAGUACUUUCGCAUCUUCCGCUACAGCCAGUCGCGCAACGCGCAGCAACAGUUUGAGUUUCUGAACGCGACCAUGGACGCAGGCGUCAACUUUAUGGGGCAGAUUGGCAUCCAAAAGCUCCUCGACCAGUGGACGCUGUACCACACGCUCUUUCACUCGUUUGAAAUGACGUGUACGCAAAUGACAACGAUGACGCUCGAGCACAACCGCGUCGUGCGGGCGCCCGCCAACAUGGAUCUGCGCAUCUCGCGGACGACGCUCCAGGCGCUAUACCCGCACGUGCUCAGCAACGAGCGGCUUGUGCAAAAGCUCAUUGGUCAAGUGCUGCGCAUGUCGGUGCUGAUCCUCUUGCAUUAUGACGAAGACGGCCGCGUCAUCAUUUUCGACACGGCCGCCGACAUGACUGUGGGCUGGGCCAACCUUCUCGAGAGCGUCGAAGACACGCUUGUUGUGCUGGACGGCGCCCGCAUCAAGCACAACGCCGAGCUCCAAGUCGAAAAGACCAUCACGAGCAGCUAAUAAUGCAUUCAUAUAAUGCAUCCAUACGUGCUCAUAUAUCUA